AGAGGCCUCUUUGAGGGUCUACUUUUUUUGGGCCCUUUGCCGUGCGCUCACUUUUUUUUUGUUCCGCUUUGUUCCUUCAAUUAGAUCCUAGAAAUCACGUUGUAGAUGAUGCGAUCUACUGCGCCUUUCCAAGUCCUGGUGUUCUCCAAGACAGCCUCGUAUCGGCAUGACUCGAUAGCCGCUGGGAUCGCCGCAAUCAAAGACUUUACGUUGCGGACGACUGCAUUCGAAGUGACUGCAAGUGAGAACGCACAAUGCAUCACGCCUGUUGAACUUAUUCGAUACCGUGUCGUCAUAUUCCUUCAAUGUACAGGAUUCUUUCUGUCGCCCGACAACAUCGAGGCUCUGAAAGCGUUUGUGAGAGGCGGGGGAGGUGUGAUAGGAAUACACGGUGCUGCAGCGGGCAUGCCAGGCCACCAGUGGUAUAAUUAUCUACUCGGUGCGGAUUUCGAGAGCCACCCACCGCCUGAACUGGGCCGGGUCCUGGUGGAGAACGAGCAUCACUGGCUAUCGCAAUCACUUGUGGCACCAGGUCAAUGGGAGGACGAGUGGUAUAAUUAUCGCAACCAUCCAGGGGAUAAUCAAAAUUUGAUCAUUUUGCUCAGAGGCGACACUUCAUCAUUCCAUGGUGGAAAGAUGGGAAAAUACCAUCCACUUGCAUGGUGCCAGGACUUUGAAGGUGGGCGAUCGUACUACACGGCACUUGGUCAUUUUGAAGGCGCGUAUGGCAACGCAUGGUUUCUUGACCAAAUUUUUAAGGCUAUCUUCUGGGUUGCAAGACAAGAAAGUAUAAUGGAGGACGUCAAGUCCAGAUUUGAAAACAGAUCAGUCAAGAGUCAACGUAGUGGAUAAUGAUGAACAAUAUACUUCAAUCAACUACAGUGUACUACUACAGUGUAGUUACUGUGAACCGAAAC